UUUCAGAGGCUAUAAAAGUCAGCGCGCCCUUCAUUAUUUCGUGGGUUUUCAGUUCGGCGUGUUUUGGUUCUUGUUCACAAGUCCAAGGCGAUUUUCUGUGUUUUUCGUGGUUGUUUGUUUGUCUUUGCUUGUUGUUUUUUUGGUGUUCGUCAUGUUUCCCGUCUUUGUUAUUGACAGAGGAUCACGACGAUUCCCUUCAGCGGAAGAGAUGUCUUCUGCUUUGAAUAACGGGUCGACUCUCCUUUUUGUUAAGGAGAAUCGGCCCGUUGUUGCAAUCAGCAGACCUCUAUCUGCUCCUGAGUUCACUGAGCCCUCCGUCCCUGUGUCACAGGAGGAGGCGCUCAGUGAACCGGGCAGUCCGCAUAAGGGAAACACCCAGGAUGCUGAGAUUUCGGUGAGGCCUGAGGUGUCCACGGCACCUCCCCCGACUCCUCAGCUGUCUACAACAGAGGAAGCCUGUCCAGAGGAGAAGGCCAUGGUCGACGUUGAAGACACUGAGGAGGAGGCGUCUUCAUCUGAUCAUGUGCUUUCUCCAGUGUCUGGUUCAGGCUCUGACUCCAGCUCUCUUACUGAAGGGAGUUCCUCUGUUGUGGACGACUGUAGUGGAGUCGAGCCCCCACUCAGCAUCCAACCAGUGCUGUCUCUGCCUUGUGUCGGUGAGGUGGUCCCUCCUCCCAGAGAUGACAUGAAGCCACCAGCUCCCACUAAAGGUUUUCCAGUUUGGAAAGACCUAGGGGACACGGUGGACCUUCAUGUCGCUCAUGAGGAGACCACCACAUCACCAUCCUCCACUCAGGCAGCUGGCACACAUCAGGACGAUGCUCUCAGCUCUGGGAUGUCUGAAUUGACACCAGCUGAUCGAGCCGUCGCUCCCCCAUCUCCUGCGUUAUCAACAGCAGAGGAAGCCUGUCCAGAGGAGAAGGCCAUGGUCGACGUUGAAGACACUGAGGAGGAGGCGUCUUCAUCUGAUCAUGUGCUUUCUCCAGUGUCUGGUUCAGGCUCUGACUCCAGCUCUCUUACUGAAGGGAGUUCCUCUGUUGUUGAUGACUGGAGUGAGGUUGAGCCCCUCAUCAUUGAACCAGUGCUGUCUCUGCCUUGGGUCGGUGAGGUGGUCUCCAGAGAUGAAAUGAAGCCACUGGCCACCGUGAAAGAAGGUUUUCCAGAGUGGAAAGACCUCUGGUACACGGUGGACUUCAGUGCAUCUCGUAAGGAGACCACCACACCACCAUCCACAAGUGCAGGCGGCACACAUCAGGAGAACAUCAAGGACCACGAGACUAAAGAUCUCAAGGCGAGGGCGGAGACUUUAGUCUUUGAUGUGGUCCGUUUCUCCGGAUGUGGUUAUGUUUCUGCAGAAUUCCGAUUUAAGGUAGGGCGAACAUUGGUGGACUUUGCCCUGACCUCUGAGGAGGCACGUAGUCUCGUGAGGAAGACCUUGGAUCGGGAGAUGCUCCGCCUGCGUAAGGAAGAGAGUUCGCCUCAGAAAUUGAUUCACCUUUACAGGUUCAUUAAGAGGUAUCCCAUGAUAUUUGUUGGCAUGAAAUGCCAACUUUCUUCAUGGGUCCUCGAGGACCUUUAUGAUUCAGACCUCUCUUCGGAGGAUGAAUCUGAUGAGGUUGUACCUGCUCCUGCCCCUGCUCCUGCUGACCCUCCAGCAGUGAUCCUUCCCUCUCCUCCUCCUGCACCUGCUCCUGCUGACCCUCCAGCAGUGAUCCUUCCUUCGCCACCUCCUGCACCUGCUCCUGCUGACCCUCCAGCAGUGAUCCUUCCUUCGCCACCUCCUGCACCUGCUCCUGCUGACCCUCCAGCAGUGCUCCUUCCCUCGCCACCUCCUGCUCCUGCUGACCCUCCAGCAGUGAUCCUUCCCUCGCCACCUCCUGCUCCUGCUGACCCUCCAGCAGUGAUCCUUCCUUCGCCACCUCCUGCACCUGCUCCUGCUGACCCUCCAGCAGUGAUCCUUCCUUCGCCACCUCCUGCACCUGCUCCUGCUGACCCUCCAGCAGUGAUCCUUCCCUCUCCUCCUCAUGCACCUGGUCCUGCUGACCCUCCAGCAGUGAUCCUUCCUUCGCCACCUCCUGCACCUGCUCCUGCUGACCCUCCAGCAGUGAUCCUUCCCUCUCCUCCUCCUGCACCUGCUCCUGCUGACCCUCCAGCAGUGAUCCUUCCCUCUCCUCCUCAUGCACCUGGUCCUGCUGACCCUCCAGCAGUGAUCCUUCCUUCGCCACCUCCUGCACCUGCUCCUGCUGACCCUCCAGCAGGGGUUCUACCCUCCCCUAGUGUGUCUCAACCUUCAACUCCAGAUGGGUCAACCGCUCCGGUUGCACCACCUCAGCCCCAAACGCCUCCUCAGCCCCAAACGCCUCCAUCCUCUCAGCAAACUAGUGCAGAUGAGGUGGAGGACAUGGAGGUGGAGACUAGUUUACCAUCUCCACCUUCACCUCCGGAUGGGUCGACUGCUCCGGUUGAGACGCCUCAGCCCCAAACGCCUCCUCAGCCCCAGACGCCUCCAUCCUCUCAGCAAACUAGUGCAGAUGAGGUGGAGGAUAUGGAUGUGGAGACUAGUUUAACAGCUCUACCUCCACCUCCAGAUGGGUCAACCGCUCCGGUUACACCUCCUCAGCCCCAAACGCCUCCUCAGCCCCAAACGCCUCCAUCCUCUCAGCAAAAUAAAGCUGAUGAGGUGGAGGACAUGGAGGUGGAGACUAGUUUACCAGCUCCACCUUCAACUCCAGAUGGGUCAACCGCUCCGGUUGCACCUCCUCAGCCCCAGACGCCUCCUCAGCCCCAAACGCCUCCAUCCUCUCAGGUAGAUUGUGAACAUUAUUAGUGUCAAUAUUAAUGAUAAAGAAGUUUCAUGUAAAUGUUUUAAAUCUCUAAUUGUUUUAAUUACAGCAAA